GCGCGACGAAUAUACCGAGAGCGUAGCGUGAAGCUGGAGUGAAUGCGAAGAUAGAGCAGCUGGCCUUCACAGCUCUAUCGAUCGCUCCAAACGGUUCAGUGCAGAGGUUCUUUGAAACCGCUGAGACCAUGGAAGGUGUAGAAUCCUGCAAUGGCCGGCACGCCGACGCCGACGAUCGCCGGACGUCCAAGAAGGAUCGCCGGACCACGUGGGCCAGCGCUUUCAUCCUCGUGAACAACUUCAUGCAGUACACGGCCUACUUCGGGGUGUCGACGAACCUGGUGAACUACCUCAAGUACAGGCUGCACGAGGGCAGCAAGUCGGCGGCGAACGACGUCACCAACUGGCAGGGCACCGGCUCCAUCACGCCGCUCGUCGCCGCCUACCUCGCCGACGCGUUCCUCGGCAGGUACUGGACCAUCCUGCUCUUCAUGGCCAUCUCCGUCCUGGGCUACGGCGUGCUCGCGGCGAGCGCCGCGGCGCCGGCGCUGCUGCACGGCGGCGCGGCGGCGUUCUACGCGGGGCUGUACCUGGUGGCGCUCGGCAGCGGGCUCCUGGUGGUCAUGGCGCCGUUCGGCGCCGGCCAGUUCGACGAGGCCGACGAGGGCGAGCGCCGCCGGCAGAGCUCCUUCUUCAACUGGUUCUACCUCUCGCUCAACUUCGGCUCGCUCGUCGGCGGCACCGUGCUGGUGUGGGUGCAGACCAGCGUCGGGUGGGGGAUCGGGUACGGCGUCCCGGCGAUCUUCAGUGCGCUGUCCGUCGCCGUGUUCCUCGCCGGCACCGCCGCGUACCGGCGUUGCCAGCCGCCGGGGGGCAGCCCGCUCACCAGGAUCGCGCAGGUGGUGGUCGCCGCCGCCAGGAAGCACGACGUCGAGGUGCCGGCCGACGCGUCGUUGCUGCACGAGUGCUGCGACGCCGUCGAUGGCAUGUCCGCGAUACAGGGGAGCCGCCGGCUCGUGCACACCGACCAGUUUAGGUUCUUGGACAAGGCGGCCGUGGAGACCGCCGGCGACAAGGCAGAGCCGAGCCCGUGGCGGCUGUGCACGGUGACGCAGGUGGAGGAGCUCAAGUGCGUGCUCCGGCUGCUGCCGGUGUGGGCGAGCGGCAUCAUCUUCGCGGCGGCGUACACGCAGAUGACCACCACCUUCGUCCUCCAGGGCGACACGCUGGACCCGCGCAUCGGCGGCUUCAAGGUCCCCGCCGCCGUGCUCUCCGUCUUCGACACCCUCAGCGUCAUGCUCUGGGUGCCGCUCUACGACCGCGCCAUCGUGCCCCUGGCGCGCCGCGUGACCGGCCACGAUCGCGGGUUCACGCAGCUGGCGCGGAUGGGCGUCGGCCUCGUCAUCCUCACCGUCGCCAUGCUCGUCGCCGGCACGCUGGAGGUGGCGCGGCGGCGCGUGAUCGCGCGGCACGGCCUGUACGGCGACGACGGCGACGGGGGGUACCUGCCGCUGUCGAUAUUCUGGCAGGUGCCGCAGUACGUGGUGGUGGGGGCGUCGGAGGUGUUCACGUUCAUCGGGCAGAUGGAGUUCUUCUACGACCAGGCGCCCGACGCCAUGCGCAGCCUCUGCUCCGGCCUGUCCAGCACGUCGUUCGCGCUCGGCAACUACGCGAGCUCGGCGAUCGUCGUCGUCGUGGCGCGCGCCACGGCGCGCGGCGGGCGGCUCGGGUGGAUCCCGGACAACAUCAACCGCGGCCACCUGGAUGACUUCUUCUGGCUGCUCGCCGUGCUCUGCGUCGCCAACUUCGCCGCCUACCUCCUCAUCGCACGGUGGUACACGUACAAGAAGACCGUAGAUUAGCUGGGUGGGGCCCACCGUACCCUAAACCGUAAGGUUUGCCGUACUUGCAUCGACCGUAUAUCAGCAGUGUUGGGCUGGGCUUCAAUAGGCCACAUCACUUUGGAUUUGGGCUUUGUAUGGCGGAGUGGGCUACAUAUAUGUUGGCCCAUACUGAAUAGAGGGUAUGAUGGUCAACUAGGGAUGAAAACAGUCGGAAACGAUCGGAAAACAGCCUCAACCAUUUCCGUAACCA